CUUUGGUACAAAGUGCUGACCAUGUUGCGAGUAGAGGCAGUCCGCCGUCGUAGAAAGACAUCGUUGUCUUUUAUGCUUGCGCUGCAUUGCAUUGGCUUUACAUUUGCGACGCGUCGGGGAGCAAGUGAAUGCAUUGUGCUAACCUGGGGUGUUUGAAAGGUCUCUUCCCGCAUUGGACAGAAAGCCAGUGCUUGCAGAGCUCGUCCACGAUGUCUUCCGACAAGAUCGAACGUGCCAUUCGUGAGGUUGCAUCUCGCGCAACCCUCGACGAGAACAAGGUACGCCUGAUAUUCACUUUCCGUCCGAAUACCCUCGAGCAAUGGAUGGUGGAGGAUGUGGUGGGCGGACUGAGAACUCCGCGGCCAUCACCAGCACCAACCACAGCUCGCUCUUUCCUCAUCCAGCAGCGUUUGGCUGCUCGCAUGCCCCACCACCUUAAGCCCAUCCGAGCAGCUUCCCUCUGCUCACGCGCCUGCCCCUCCCUCGGCCCCCUCCAAUUUUUUUCCCACAACUCCCCUCUGCUGAAUUUCCGCUUCUCCUCCCCUUCACCCGACUCCCACUCACUCACCUCUCUUCAUCCUCUCGCCCAUCACCACACUCACAUUCUUUCCUCCCACAUCACGCUCUCUAUCCUCACCGCUCCAUCAUCCAUUGCUCGUUGGAGCAGCUGCGCCGUUGGCCGCCAGCUGCGUAGCUGUUGGUGUUGAUACCCAUCAGUUCCGUACCUGACACUCUUCCCACACAGCGUCACGCUCUACGCAACAUCUUCCGCCA